AUGAAUAACAAUUUUAACAUAAAUCUUCAGAUCGAGGAUGGAAAUACCAAUAAAUAUGAAGCCGAAGUAAAUGGCUAUUUUGCCAAGUUGUACACAGGGGAAAUAACAGUUAACACAAUGAUAGAUAUUAUGAAAAAUUUAUCAUGCUCCCCUAAAGGAUCGAAAAAUAAUGAUAUUUAUAAAUCGAUGCUAUUAAUUUUAUUUAAUGAGUGUAAAUUCUUUCCUAAAUAUCCAGUAGAAGAAUUAGAAAUUACUGCACAAUUGUUUGGAAAAUUAAUUAAGCACAAUUUAUUGAUAUCAUAUGGUAAUACUUUAUCAGUUGUAUUAAAAUGUAUUUUAGAAGCUUUAAAAAAAGAAUAUAAUUCUAAGGUUUUUAAUUUUGGAAUAACAGCAUUAGAACAAUUUGAAGACUCUUUAAUAUGUUACCCUGCAUUUUUAUCUUCCUUAAUUCCAUUACCCACUUUAAGGCAAUAUAAUCCGCAAUAUGUAAUCCAUUGCAACGAUUUAUUAAAUACACUUCCAGAACAAUUUAGAACUCUUCCAUAUAUAGAUGCCUCUACAAUACUUAAGAUAAAACACAUCUCUGAAAUUAGUUCUUACAAUAAUAUCUCUAAUCCAAAUAUAUCCCAUAUACCUAACAAUGACAUUAAAAAAAUAUCCGUAACAAAUGCAAAUAAUUUAAAAAAUAUCAACAACUUAGUUCCCCAUUUAGCCACCAUAGAUGGUACAAACCAAACUACUAAUAAUUUCAUUACUCAUAAUAAUCUUAGUGAUAAUAAUAUAGAAAAUAGUGCAGGUAAUAAUAUAAUUUCGGAAAACCACAAUGAUAACAAUAAUGCCAACACUAUCAAUAACUCAAACCGAACAGAUAACUACAUAAGUAAUAAUAAUCAAACUCAAUUUACCAAUCUUAUGAAUAAUAUUCUGAACCAAAAUAAUAAUAGUAAUAACUUUAAUAAUAUAAAUAACGAUAAUAUGUUAUUAUAUAUUAAUAAUAUUUUACCAAACCUAUCAAAUAUAUCAGAUAAAAAUACUAUACCACCAAAUAUAAAUAAUUUACAAACCAUGAAUAGAAAUAAUCCACUAUAUAAAAAUAAAAACGCCAGUGUCAAUUUAAAUACUAUAACAGGUGUUAACAAUCUUGACAAUGCAUAUAAUAUAAACCUACUAGACACUAAUGCAUCGACAAACUCAAAUCGGCCAUUUCAAAAUAAAGGUAUUAUUAAUGCAAAUGAAGCAACCCACAUGAACAGAAACAUCAAUCUAGUAACCAAUAAUAUGACGCACAAUAAAAAUAUGACUUCUCCAAAUUUUCCAAAUAAUACUAAUCAAAUUAGAAUGGAUAUAAAUAUACCCAAUGGUGGAGAUAACUCCCAAAAUAUUCCUAUCAAUUCAAAUAUCAUACGAAUAGAUAAUAAUAAAAAUGAAAAUAAUUAUACAAGUGGCAUUUCUCAUUCUAAUAAUAAAGAAACAGAUGAACAAGCAAACGGAUGUAUAGAAAUAUUUUAUAAUCAAGUUCAAUUAAAAUUGCCUUCAAAUUUAAAUUCAAAAAACAUUAGUGGAUUUGGGUUAGGACAAAUAGAAUGCUUAAUGGAUAAUACACAUCUAUCAAAAAGUAUCAUUAUUCCUUCCUCUGUAGUUGUAGGAGAAGUAUUCAGCAUAUUCAAUACUCUAUGUUUACUUAAUAUCGAUGAAAAAAUAAAAAUAUUAAAAGAUGUUAUGCAACCCGAAUAUUAUAGUUGGCUAGCCUUUUAUAUUGUAAAAUCGAGAGUUUCAAAAGAAGUCAAUUUACAUAACGUAUUUUUAGAAUUCAUUGAUAAACUAAGCUAUCCUAUGCUUAUAGAUACUAUUAUUAAUAUGACUUAUGACUAUAUACUCAUUUUAUUUAAAUAUAUAAAUGAAUUGAAAGAAGUUAGUGCAUUCAGAACAGUACUCAAAAAUUUAGGCUCAUGGCUAGGAUUUAUAACAUUAGGUAGAAAUAAACCAUUAAAAUCAAAAAUAUUAGAUUUAAAAUUAGUUCUAUUUGAAGCUUAUGAUAAAGAUUGUUUAGUAUGUAUAUUACCAAUGGUAUGCAAAAUAUUAGAAUCUAUUAAAUUAUCCAAAAAUUUUAAACCACCAAAUCCAUGGACUACAACUAUGUUAUGCUUAUUAACAGAAAUACAUGAAUUACCAAAUGCUAAAACAUAUAUUAUAUUUGAAGUUGAAGUUUUAUUUAAAAACUUAUCAUUAGAUAUACAAGAUUAUCAAAAUAAAACUGUUCUAUUAAGUAGGAGAACCCAACAAUAUGCUCAAAAAAAUGAUUCCAACGUUGCAGAUCCAGCUAAUACCAACUCUUCUAUUUUACCACCGAAUAUAGAUAUCAAAUCCCAUUCUUUAAAACCCAAUAUCGCAAAUUUUACAUCACCCAACGACAACAAUACCAAUAUCAACAACGUGAAUAAUAAUUACUACCAUUACAACAAUAUCACAAAUUGGAAUAAUGCCAAUUCUGGUGAGCCUAACAAUAUUUCUGAAAAUUUGUUAUUGGAAGAAUUUGAAAAUCUUACUAAAAAAAAUAAUCAGAAUAAUAGAAUAAUAAAUCAAGACAAAGCUGAUUAUAUAAAUAAAAACAAUAAUCAACAAUUACUAAAUUUAAAAAAUAUAAUAUCCCAUUGGAAUGAAUAUAAUGCAAAUAAAAGUAAUCCCUUACAAAAUGAUCAUAUUUUAGUUUCUUCAUUUGCUCCUCCAGAUAUUAAAUCAAAUAAUUCCAACACUUUCAAUAAGGUAUUCGCUAGUAUCUCUAAAGCCCAUAAUUCAAUGAACGACCAAACACUAAAUAAAAUCGAUCCCAAUAUUAUUAAUAACUAUAAUAUUCUAAAUUCAUCGAUAAAUGCAAAUACAUCUAAUGAUCAUAAUAAAAUAAAUAAUAGUAAAUUUUUUCAAAAUUUAUGUAAUGCUACAAUUAUAUCCCCAUCUAUAGCUUUGUUUCAAAUUCAACCAAAUUUAAAAAAAGUUGUUCCUAUAGCAGUUGAUAGAUCAAUUAAAGAAAUCAUAUCCGCAGUUUUAGAAAGAUCAGUAGCUAUAUCAUGUAUUACUACUAGAGAAAUUAUAUUGAAAGAUUUCUGUUUAGAAAAAGAUCAAAAUAUAAUUCGAAAAGCAGCACAUAUUAUGACAGCAUCAUUAGCUGCAUCACUAGCAUUAGCUACAUGUAAAGAACCAUUAAGAAUUUCAUUAACCCAAAAUUUAAGAGAAUUAUUACAACCCACUAGUACAAAAGAUUGUAAUGAUCAAGUAUUGAUAGAACAAGUUGUUCAAGUACUUAGUGCAGAUAAUUUAGAAUUAGGUUGUAAUUUAAUUGAACAAGCAGUUAUUGAAAAAGCAAUAAUAGAUAUUAAUGAAGCUUUAGCUCCAACUUUUUUAGCCAAACAUGUAGCAAAUGAAGAGAAUGUCAAAUUAAAUGAUUCCGUCAACAUUAUAAACAGUAAAAAAAUGCAAAUCGAAUUUGCAGAAAUUUUAAACUUAGGAGUACCUAUAACAAAUAAUCAAUUACAAAUUUAUAAAGAUUUUCUAAAUAUGAAUCCAUUAAAAAAAUUACAUUCUUCUCCUAAAGGACUAACAUUAAUUUAUAAAAAUACCGACGAAACAAAUCCCAUAAAUACACAACAAAAUGAUCAACAUCCAUCUAUCAAUACUAAUGAAAAUGCGAAACCCGAUGUAAUCCCUAAUUUAGGAACUAACAUAAAUAUAGAUUACAAUAAUAAUGCAGAAUUAAACCAAAGUGAAAGUAACAUAAAAAUGUCACAUACUACAUCAGCCAUACCACCGAAUCCUAAUUUAAACAAGGUUUUAAAAAAAUUAGAACUCGCAACUAAUCAAUUAAAAGAAACAAUCAAAGAUAUACUUAUGUUACCACCAAUAUUAUUUAAUAUUAAUAAAAAAAAAUCUAUUGGUAAUAUUAAUAAAAUAAGCUUAUAUAUUUUAUAUAGUCUAUCAGUUGAUGAUAAUCUAUUUAAUUUAAUCAAGUCCAUACCAGAAAUUGCUUCAUUAACUCAUCAUAAAAAUGAAACUAUUAUUUCUUAUACAAAUAGAAUAUGCAAAUUCCUUUUUGAAAUUGCAUUACAUAAUUAUAAUAAAUCUCAACAAGAAUCAAAAUUAAAUGAUAUGACUGGAAUCUAUAUGGAAGUAUUUUUAUGUAUAUUAGAAAAAUUAAAAAAAAAAUGUCCUAUUACAAAAGAACAUAUAUCUACAUCUGUAAUCAAAACUACUAUAAACCUACUAAAUACACCAAUUAAUAAUGCUACCCCGUCCAAUAAUACUAAUAAUAAAACUGAGGAAGCCAAUGCUGACAAUACUAGUGAUCCAGAAAAAAAUAAUUCUCUAAAUUCUGUGGGCGCAGAAAAUUCUGAAAAUACAGCCAACCAAAAAGAGAAUGAAUUAAACAAAGAUAAUAAUAAAACGAGCAACAACUAUGAACAGUUUUAUAAAUCCAAUGCAAAUAUUAUAGCUGGCCUAAUUAGAUAUAACCUAGUUGAUAUGGAUCAAUAUAAACAAUUUUUAGAAACUCAACUAGCCAAUAAAAUUAUUAACAAUAAUUCAAUCAAAUUUAUUAUUUUUUUGCUAAAAAAUAUCUUAAUCGAUUUUCACAUAUAUAGAUAUAACUAUUUUAAAAACAUUUUCAACCAUCUUAAUAAUAUAAUAAAUACUAACCCUAAAGAAAAUAAUACUAAUGAACAAACUAACAAAGACACUAAAACAGAUAACACUAUUGAUCUAAAUGCAAACAUAUUUUAUAAUAACAAUGAUAAGCCACUUACUUUAAGUUCAGCAAUUGAUGAAUUAACUAAAGAGGCUAUAAAUAUUCAAGAAAAACCAAACUCUGUAAUUUUUUCGAAUUUUUUUGAGGUAUGUGAUGAAUUUUCAAAAAGUGACGAUGAAAGUGAAAAAGAGGAUGACGAACAAACUGAUAAACCUAAUGAAGACACUAAUAAAGAUCUUACUAAAUUAAAAGAAGAAAAAAACAAACAAGACGAAAACGUUGAAACAAAUCCAAAUGAUCCCGAAAUAGAAUCACAACUAACCACUGAAAUUUCCCCUAAAAAUGAAGAAACAAAAUUGGAAACUAAAAAUAAAAAAAACAAAAAAAAUAAAGAUGAAAAGAAGGAUGAUAACAUAACUAAUGCAAAAGUCGAAAUAAAUGAAACCUCCUCCCCUUCCUUAAAAUCUAAAGAGACUGCAAAUAAAAGCUCAGAACCAAUAAACAAAAAAACCACUGACAAUAUUACUGAAAAUGAAACAGAAAAAAUUGAGACUAAUGAAACGGAAAGAAAUAAAGAGAAACAUAUUAAUGAUAAAAAUGGGGAUGCAAAAAGAAAUUAUAAAAAAUAUCUACAAAUUUUAAUGAACCCACAAAACUUAACAACACUUACACAAAUUAUUGAUUUCUGCCUAAAUAAAGAUUGGAAUAUAAUACAAGCCAAAAAAUUUAAUGAUGGAAUUAGAGAUAAAGGAGUAGGUGGAGUUAGAAUUGUCCCCAAACCACAAGCAGUUCCAAAACAACAACAACAUAUUAUUAGUUCUAUUUUUAUGGAAUGGGUUAAAUUAAGUAAUAUCAAAAGUGUUGAUAAUCCAAAUCAAAUUUAUGUCAAAUUUUUUCAAAAAAUAUCAAGUCAAGGUUUAUUGCAAAUAAAUAAUUCCGAUAAUUUUUUUACAACAUGUAUUUAUAAGGCUAUAGAACAAGCAGAAUUAUUUCUUGAUCCAUAUUCUGAAAAUUUUGAAACUUUUCAAAUUGGAGAAUCAAAAGAACUAUUUACAUCUACAUCUACAAUCUUAACUAAUUCAAAUUAUCCGAAAACAAAUGAUGAUAAUGAUACAAAAAAAAUCGAAUCCGAAACUGAAUUAACAUCAGAUAUGUUAUCUAAACAAGAUAAUCAAAAUGAAAAUUUAAAACGCGAAUAUGAGGAAAGUGACUCGAAUAUUGAUAAAAAAAAUAAAAAAAAAACAGACCUUAUUGAAGAAGAAACAGAAAAUGCUAGCCAUUCUAAGGAAAAAGAUAAAAAAAAGAAAAAAAAAAAAAAUGAACAUACAGAUGCAAAAUCUAAACCAACCGAACAAACUGAAAUGGAAAAAAAUAAAGAUCAACAUAACGAAAAAGAAAACAAUGAAACUAAUAAAUACGGUGAAGAUUCAGAAGAUAAUUUCACAGAUGCAGUAUCUACUAAUUUAACUUUUAAUUCAAACAUUUCAAAUUAUGAAUAUUCAUUUUCUGAUGAAGAUAAUUUACACUAUUUCGUAAACAAUAGUGAUCGAAAUAAUAGUAAUACAAAUAAAAUGAAAAAUAAAAAAAAAGAUACUCUUAAUUUUGUAUACUCAUCUAUAAGUAAAUCCAUGAAUAAUGAUUCGACUCUAAAUUCGGAUAAAGAUACUGAAAGAAGUAGAUUAUAUUCCGAAGUGCUUAAAGAAAGUUGUAUCACCACUGACCCAAAUAAAGACAAAACAGAUGGAAAAAAUACGACGAAAAUAACAAAGAAUGAAUCUAAUGAUUCCAAUAUAGAGAAAGAAAAGAACCCACAAUCAGAAUCAAAUAGCCAAAAUGACAAAAUAGAAACCCAAAUCGAUGAAGAUACUAAAAAAGAUUUAGAAAAACAUACACAAAUUACAAACACAUUAGAUACUUCAUCAAUCGAUGCACUAGCUAAAAUGGUAAUAUCAAUGAUGAAAUUAGUAGACUCACAAAAAAUUACACCAUAUUUAUUAUUACAAAAAGUAAUGAAUAUGUUUUGUAGAAUAGUAGUAUAUGAAUGUAGAAAAAAACAAAAUAAAUUUAACCAACGACCAUAUUUUCGAUUAUUUUUAUCAAUAUUAACAGAAAUAAAUAAAAAUGAAAAAAAUCUUGAACAAUCAUAUAAUAAAUGUAUAUUAGCAUUAGGCUAUUAUUUACGUAUAUUAAAUCCAUUAAGAGUUCCAAUGUUUGUUUUUGCUUGGGUCGAAUUAAUAAGUCAUAAAUUUUUUUUACCUAAAAUAUUACAAACAUCAAAAGGGUGGUAUAUAUAUAAUAAAUUAAUAAUAUAUCUCUUUGAAUUUUUAUAUGGAUUUUUAAAAAAUUCGAAUUUAACACAACCAAUCAAAUUAUUAUAUAGAGCAACAUUAAGAAUAUUAUUAUUAUUACUUCAUGAUUUUCCAGAAUUUUUGUGUGUAUAUAGUUUUUCAUUUUGUAAUUCAAUACCUUUAAAUUGUAUGCAAUUACGAAAUAUUAUUUUAUCUGCCUUACCAAGAAAUACAAAAUUACCCAAUCCAUUUAAUCCAAAUUUAAAAAUUAAUUUAUUACCUGAAAUGAAAAUCGCACCAAUCAUAUUAAAUAAUUUCACAUUUAUACUUAUUGAUUAUAAAAUUAAAAAAAAUGUUGAUGAAUAUUUUGUAACUAAAAAUAUAAGCCAUUUAAAAAAAAUACAUAAAAAAAUAUUAAUCAAAAACAAAGUUAAAUCAUUUUAUUUAAAAGCUAAAUAUAAUAUACCUCUACUAAAUGCUUUAGUUUUAUAUAUUGGUAUGUCAUUACCAUCAGAAAUAUUAACUAUUCAAAAAAUUCCUGAAGCUAAUCGUCAUCCAGCCUUAGAAAUUAUUUUAUAUUUAAUUUAUAAAUUAGAUAUGGAAGGAAGAUAUUACCUACUAGCAUCAAUCACUAAUCAUUUAAGAUAUCCCAAUGCUCAUACACUUUUCUUUUCUUCUCUAUUAUUAUGGAUAUUUAAUGUAUCAAAAACGGAAAUUAUUAAAGAACAAGUAACAGGAAUAUUACUAGAACGUCUAAUAGUUAAUAAACCACAUCCUUGGGGAUUAUUAAUAACAUUUAUGCAACUUAUCAAAAAUCCAAUCUAUAAUUUUUGGAACUGUUCAUUUGUUCGUGUAUCACCAGAAAUAGAAACACUUUUUCAUACAAUAGCCAAUUCAUCUAUGUUAAAUAAAAUCCACAAUCCCACUACUAACAGUAAUAUCAAUAAUAGUGGCAAUAUCAAUAAUAGUGGCAGUAUCAACAAUAGUGGCAAUAUCAAUAAUAAUGGCAGUAUCAAUAAUAGUGGCAGUAUCAACAAACCGACGACCCAAUCAAAUGAUUCAUACACAUCUACAUAUCAAUAUAAUCUUAAGAAUGAAAAAUUUUCAAACAAUGAAUUUAAAUUUCUUUCAAAUAUUACUAAUUCUAUGCAAAAUAUUAAACAAACAAAUUUUGACGAAAAUAAAUAUCGAAUUCAAGACAAAAUAAAAGAAUUCUCUAAUAAUAUGAAUAUAAAUCAGUUAAUCCAAAAUUCUAAUGAAAAAAUUAAUAUUAACAAUACGGAUUUAAUUAGGCAAAUUUUAAGCUCAGGAAAUACUAAUUUAAAAAAUUAUAUCACAUCUAACGGACCUACUAUGCCUCAUCAAUAUGACAUAACGAACAGCAUGACUCCAAAACCACACAUUACAAACGUUAGCAAUGCUAGCAAUAUGAACCCAUAUAACAUCAACUCUAGUAAUAACAACAUUAUUAAUAUGCCAUUUUAUAGAGAUGCUACAAAUUUAAGUGGAAUAAAAACAAACAAUAAUUCGCACAACAAUUUCGAAUCAUCACAAGAUAACCAAUUCAUUAAUAACUCUUACUAUUUUCAGGAUAAAAAUAUAAUGAUAGAUUCCCAUUUACAAAAUAACUUUAAUCAAAUUAAAAGAAACUCACGAUUUAAUACUUCACAAAUACAUGAAGAUAAUGAAAAUACAAAUAAUAUUCAAAAACAUUUUAAUUUCGAAACAAAUCCUAAAUUAACAGAUCAAAAUAGAGCAAGUUUUAUCAAUUCAAAUAAUUUUUAUGAUUCAAAACCUGAUUACUACAACUAG